AUGAAUAUAUUAGGAUCAGUGUUUGCUCCAAUUCCUUUUGAAAGACGUAUACAGACAGCUUUUGUCUUUCUAUGGACACUGGGUUUCAUAUGCUUGGGUUUUGGAAGUCUUGCCAUCUUCAUCUACCUUUUGUUCACUAAAUAUUAUUUCAUACUUCUGGCUUAUUUAAUAUGGUACAUCUAUGACAUCAACACAUGUGAGCAAGGAGGCCGUUGUCUUCUGUGGCAAUUAAACAAUCCCAUUUGGAAAUACUUUGCUGAUUACUUUCCUAUAAAUCUCAUCAAGACAGCAGAGCUUGAUCCAUCCAAGAACUAUAUUGUUGGUUACCAUCCAAGAACUAUAUUGUUGGUUAUAAGCGCUGGUGCUUUUGCUAACUUUGCAACAAAUGCAACAGGCUUUAACCAAAUGUUCCCAAAUAUGCAUCAAUAUUUGUGCAUAUUAAUAGGACAGUUUCGUUUUCCAUUCUACAGAGAUCAUCUGAUGACUACUGGCUGUUUGUAUGGUUGA